AAAUAUUCUGCCAACCGACGGACGUCUGUCACCUCAUCCCGUCAGUUCAGCCAUCAGCUCAGGGCCAAAGGCGUCAGUCGAAAUUCAUCGUGACCAGAUGAUUCCAUAAAUAGUCCAGAUGAUUCCCAUGUUCACAUCUGCCAUUCUUGUCGUACAUUGUUGGCAAACCGUGUUUUUCCUCAUCGUAUUGUUUGCCGCAUUCCUGUCACUGCGGGAACUGCUCAGGGUCACCAGACGGGGCAGAGGGUGCAUCUCCAAUAGUGCAGAUUAAGAAUGAGCCAGGAAGGCAGUUCCCUCUCAUUAUACAUAUUAGCGCAUUUCUGGGAAACAAUUUGUUUUUUGAUAAUAAUAUUUGCGUUCUUUAUCUCUCUUUGGGAGCUGCUCCACGUUACAAGACCUAGACCCACCCUCAACCGAGGUUGCUGUGAUUAUUAUAAACGAAGCCUUCUGCAAGGCGCGUUGUAUGAAGAACGCGCAAAUUGUACAGAUGGAGAGAGAGAUGCAAGAUGUGGAACUGAACGAACGCCAACCUUCCAAAAUAGGCAGGGAACCCAUCAUACACCAACCAAUAAAAUCCUCCCAUCAUCAACGUUUCCAUUAACACGUCAUAGAUGGCGCAUAGCUCACAGACCGAUGUAUUUCUGGCCACAAGAAGAUUUGUUAAUACUAAUGUUCCAACAAGCUCGAAUAAAUCUAAUGAUAAAUACUGGGACUGACGUCAAGUAAAACAUGGCAUAUUUUUUAUUA